AUGAACCGCACAGUUGUCGUGGUUCCGCAGCUUGUUGGGAGCGUUAGCACGACACCACGAUCCUUUGCAUAUCCCUCGGCGUACCCUUCAGAGGCUGAAGAUGAGGUCGUAGCCACACCGAAGGGAGGAAAUUUUCCCUUCCUCGCUCUUCCAUCCGAAUUGAGGAAUAAGAUAUACUCGUUGGUAUUCUCUGCCGCUCCUCUUCAUCUAGAUCUUGAUCCUUCGAUCUUCAAAAUCUUCCAUCGAACGCAGAUGUUCGCCAUCUUCCGUGUCUCACGCCAACUCUACCGCGAGGCCACACACCAUUUCUUCAGCACACAUACCUUCCGCCUCUUCCCGACCUAUCCAGGCAGAUACUUCAAGACAAAGAGACCUCUGCUAGCACGUCUGCCGGCUCAGUACCGUCAGUCCAUCACGUCGCUAGAGCUGCGUCUUGGUCCCGGCUGGAAUAAUCCCCCACGAGGAUGGGUCGUGAAUGAUGCAUUGGGACUGGCUGACUGCACGAGCGUGCGGGUCUUGAGGAUCUUCGUUGAAUGCGACCCUAGCGAUGCUAUUUUCAAAGGCUUCCGGAAGAGUGAAGGGUUUUACGAAGAGUUCUCUGCAAGCCUUCUUGACGAGGUCAUGAAAAAAGUUCCUAGUAUCAAGAUCGUGGAGUUCGAUGCAUAUACCUCCGUCAAGCGGAGUGGAGAUAUGAUGUCUGGUCUUGAACAAGUGGUGGCAAAGUAUGAGGGCAAGAUUGUGGAAUGGGGCCGAGAGCGUGGAUGGGAGAAGGAGACUGAGCAAAUCUGGCUUGACGCUCUUUUGAUCCAUGCGGCAUCCCAGAGAUUAAGCAGGGCCCGUGCUGUUCUUCCCGAGAGACCAAUGGCAUUUGCCGUAGGAGGCGACUUUAGUUUGCUGUAUGAAGGCUCGGAAGCGAUAAAUUGA